GGAGGAGGCGGCGGCGGAGGCGGAGGCGGCGGGUUGGACGGGGGUGCACCACCACCGGCCACCGGGUAUCACCACCACCAUCAACACACAACUACAACGACGACGACGACGACAACAGGGACACGCCACCACAGACACAAGCUGCCCGCGGGGAAGCAGUGCAGCGAUCACCGUCACCACCCUCACCAUCACCGGCAUCAUCCCCACCAUCGAUCCCACCACCGUGGCAUGAACAUGGGCCAAAAGAUUUCAGGCGGCGUGAAGAGCGUGACACGUGACAGCGGUGCGGGAACUGGAGGCGGCGUAGGUGUUGUUGGCAGCGGAGCAGUCACGUACAAGCCUGUUGUACCCAGAGAACUGGCGCAGGAUUUUUCGCGUCCAGCUCGCCUGGAUGUCCUCCUCGACAUGCCGCCCGCCUCGAGAGAGACGCAGAUCAGCCAUAGCUGGAACGCCGAUGACCGUAGUCUCAAUAUAUUCGUCAAGGAUGACGACAAGUUGACCUUUCAUCGCCAUCCCGUAGCACAGAGCACGGAUUGCAUACGAGGGCGCAUCGGGUACACGAAGGGUCUCCACGUUUGGGAAUUACACUGGAGUACGCGGCAGCGAGGAACGCACGCUGUGGUCGGCGUGGCGACGGCGGAAGCACCUCUUCAUAGUGUUGGCUACCAAAGUCUGGUCGGCAACAACCAGCUCAGCUGGGGUUGGGACCUGGGUAGAAACAAACUCUAUCACGACGCGAAAAACAAUAACGGAGUCACGUAUCCAGCCCUGUUAAAAUCGGACGAAACGUUCAUCGUUCCUGACAAAUUUUUGGUGGUCCUGGACAUGGACGAAGGUACGUUAUCCUUCGUCGUCGACGGUCAGUACUUGGGAGUGGCGUUCAGAGGACUCAAAGGAAGGAAACUUCAUCCGAUAGUCUCAGCUGUUUGGGGACACUGUGAAAUCACGAUGAAGUACAUCGGAGGCCUUGAUCCCGAACCUCUACCCCUGAUGGACCUCUGCCGGAGAGUAAUUCGAAAACGGGUCGGUAAGCAGAGACUCGAGGGCAGAAUCAACGAGCUAAGACUGCCCCAGGCAAUAAAAACGUACCUCCUCUACCGGGACAGAAGGUAACCACAGAGUGAUCUUCCGGCUUCAUCUCGCAUCAGCAUCAGUAACUACGACCACGACACCAACAACCAUGAAGUGACAGAGAUAGAUUAUGAUAGUACCAUUGCCGAUGAUACGCAACGGGAAGCAAUUGCAGUAAUCUCUCCCGCCUCUGAUCGACUGAAUCCUUAGAAAAAAAGACCACGUGUGUCGCGAACGGUUGGUUAUUAAGCGACAAGACACACGCCGCACCUAAAAACUAAAUCGAAAUUCCAAAGUUCUUUAUUGUUUUUGUAGUUUUGUUUUUUCCUUCUGUUUUUCGAGUUGGAUUGGGUCGGGAGUUGGGACGUUCGAGGAAGAUCGAUUAUUAAUAUUAAGUCUAGUCUGUCGUGUUUCUCUUUAUAGUGUUCGAUAAUACGCAUCAGCAGCACACACGUGCGUAGGAUCCUCUAUACAUAUAUACGUAUAUACAUAACACACAUAUUUAUAUGGUAUAUAUAUAUAUAAUCUUCCAGACGACUGUCUAAAAUAUCUAGACAGAAAUGGUUGAAAUUAAAUAAAACAAGGAGAAGAAAUGAACUAAUUAGUAAGAAAAAGAAAAUUUCCCUCUGCCAAAAUUUAUAGUAUGAAAAUUUGUUUUGUACACGUUGAAAAAAUUCAAAAAAAAAAAAACAAAAAUAUCAGCAACAGCUGAAAGUGUUAUCAGAUAAUUAUAGUGGCUUUAAACGUCACAUGAAGAACAGUAUCGAUGGCUUCAUCUACUGUAAAGAAUUUCUCCUCUUCCUUCGAACGAUCCAAAAAAAAAAAAAUUAUAAAAAGAAAAAAAUUAAGAAAGUCAGUACACCUCACCGAAGAGACAAUGAAGAAAGAACAGAUGAAAAUUUGUAAAAAAAAAAACAAAAAAAAAUUAAUACCCAGAAAAUUUUUUAAAAAAUAAUAACAUAAAAUGAAUUAAUUAAAGAAACAUAUGAGGAAAAACGCUAAACUAUUAGGUGAUAUUGUUGUUUUAUGUUGUCCUUACGAUUAAAAUCGUAGAGCAUUUAUUAAUUGUUAUUACACCAACGGGAUGGCGUUGGACGCUUCACAUCACAUGUAUCCGCGUUUUUUAUUUUUUUGUUUCAUACGUUGUUAGAUUAUAAAAGAAAAAUGAAGAUGUAAAAAAAGAGGAAAGCAAAAAUUGUAAUGCGUUCGCGUAAAGGUGAUGUGUGGGGCGGGCUGCAAGGAAAACCGUUUCGGGGUUGAGGAAGAGAUACCAAAACACAUGAACAAUCUUGAUCAGCGACUCGGCGGUGCUCCACGGUUGGCCAGUAAAAUAAAAAAUUAGACUUAGUCGAGCCUGGAGGCCGCAAAGGGCGAGUUUCUUAAAUCAAAUGGACGAAAGAAGAAAAAAAAAACCAAACAGAAUGACCCAAACAAAACCAAACUUUGUAAUUUUUAACUAAAAUGACCAGCACGAUAAAUAGUAGUGAGGGAAGGAAGUAAGAGAAGAUGAAAAAAAAAUAGAAAUCUGUGUGUAGUAGUGUGACAACCGCAGCUGAAAUUGCCUGAGCCACUUUUUCGAUGGACUCAAGUUCGUUUCAAGUAUUUUAUAAGCGUGCUCUAGAUGUAACUAAUUGCAGUGGAAAAUUUUAGCAUGGAGUGUGAAAAAUGAUGACAGGUUAAAGGAAAUGGCUAGUAUAAAGAUCGAUAAAGAAGAAGAGGGAGCGACUGAUACGUAGAAACACAAAAGUGGAGAGAGAGUGGGAAAGAAAUCGAAAGAGAAAAUAUAUGUAUAGGCGAUGGACUAUUGCAUAAAAGUAAAAAGCAACCAUCCAGUGAAUUUUCUUACAAAACAAGAAGAAAGAAAUAGUAAAU